CAGCGCGCAGGCGCAGUUCCCGGCUCCCGGCGGCGUGUUCCUCUUUUUUCCGGGAUCCCAGCGUCCCAGCAGGUGAACCCCGACUCUUCACAGUCAGCCUCCGGCUCCGGCUUACCCUGUGCUCCGGUCCCUCGCCCCGCAGUCCCCCAGCUCCCGGGGCCGCUGCUCUGGCCCGCACGCCUCUGCCGGCGACAGACCCAUGGCCGAGCGCGGGGAACUCGAUCUGACAGGCGCCAAGCAGAACACCGGAGUGUGGCUGGUCAAGGUUCCUAAAUAUUUGUCACAGCAAUGGGCUAAAGCCCCUGGAAGAGGUGAAGUUGGGAAACUGCGGAUUGCCAAAAAUCAAGGAAGGACUGAGGUGUCAUUUACUUUGAAUGAGGAUCUUGCAAAUAUUCAUGAUAUUGGCGGAAAACCAGCUUCAGUCAGUGCUCCUAGAGAACAUCCAUUUGUCUUGCAAAGUGUUGGAGGACAGACAUUAACGGUGUUUACUGAGAGCUCAUCAGAUAAGCUUGCACUGGAAGGAAUAGUGGUACAAAGAGCUGAAUGCCGACCUGCUGCCAGUGAAAACUACAUGAGAUUAAAGAGAUUACAAAUAGAAGAAUCUUCCAAACCUGUAAGGCUAUCACAGCAACUAGACAAAGUUGUGACAACCAAUUACAGACCUGUUGCUAAUCAUCAGUACAAUAUUGAAUAUGAAAGGAAAAAGAAAGAAGAUGGAAAACGAGCUCGAGCUGAUAAACAACACGUUUUAGACAUGUUGUUUUCGGCCUUUGAGAAACAUCAAUAUUAUAAUCUUAAGGACUUGGUGGACAUCACAAAACAGCCUGUGUCGUACCUGAAGGAAAUCUUAAAAGAAAUUGGUAUUCAAAAUGUAAAAGGGAUCCACAAAAACACAUGGGAGCUGAAGCCAGAGUACAGACAUUAUCAAGUAGAAGAAAAGAGUGAUUAAGAAGACUCGAAGCCUGCCUGCUAACAGAACAACUAAAGAGUGAUGCGCUAAGCAAACGGCCUUGAUACGUGAAUCCUUGAGCACCAUCUGUUAUAGGGGGAAAAUGACUGGUACUUUAAUUUCUCUAGGUAAAUUUUUUAAACAAUAAUUCUUGUCAAGUUGCUUAAGUGAUUUUUGAGGAAAAAGAACACAUUUAUUUAUAUACUUAAUCAGAUUAUUCAUGAUGGGGUUGGGGGUUGAAGAAGGUUUUUCUUUUUAAAUAUUAACUUUUAAAAUGUAAAAUUAGGAAAUGUUUUCUAAAUGAGGACUCCCCGUCCUUGUUUCUCUCUGAGGAGUUGAGGUAAUACAGAUCCAAACUGAAUGGCAUAGCAGGAAAAAAGUAGUCAACUACAGAAACUCUCAAAAGGAAUUAAAAACAGUUCCUUAUUCUGAAA